CGUCAGCGUGCUGCCAACUUUGCGGCGUUUGAGAGACUUCCUGUUCUUUUAGGACCCGCUCGUCGCCGGCGUACGGUGUGUUUACGUGACACAGGCAAAGUAAACACGUCUCAACACGAUGGUUCGUAUCAGUGUGCUGGCCGAUGCACUGAAGUGCAUCAACAACGCAGAGAAGCGCGGCAAGCGUCAGGUGCUAAUCCGGCCGAACUCAAAGGUCGUGAUCAAGUUUCUCACCGUGAUGAUGAAGCACGGAUACAUCGGAGAGUUCGAGGUCGUCGACGAUCACCGUAGCGGCAAAGUGGUGGUCAACCUAACCGGACGUCUCAACAAGGCCGGCAUCAUUUCGCCGCGCUUCGACGUCAAGUUGAAUGAUGUAGAACGGUGGACCAACGAUUUGCUGCCCUCGCGUCAGUUUGGAUACGUGGUGCUCACCACCAGCGGCGGUAUCAUGGACCAUGAAGAAGCGAGGCGCAAGCAUCUUGGAGGCAAAAUUCUAGGAUACUUCUUUUAGCUCGAACCUCCCACCCACCCGCAGCCGGUGGCAGCAUGCAACGAAACCAACAAUACAACCCAGCAGCAGCACCAAACAUUGGCGGACAAUCAAACACUCGUGCUCCGUCAGUUUUUUGUUUGUUUUCUUAGCAAUUUUCACAGAGUGCAGUCAAGGUUCUUUAAAGAAUUGAAGUGCUGAAAUACAAAACAUUCAUUGUAAAACCCGCGAAAAGAGUGAUGAAUCAAA